UUAUAUUUCAUCAGUCGUCGCGUCGUUCAAGCUGAGCACAGAGGGAGCUUGUCAUCACCCAAGCUACAAUGGGUAUCGAUCUUAAGGCUGGCGGUAAGAGCAAGAAGACCAAAAGAACUGCUCCCAAGUCCGAUGAUAUCUACCUCAAGCUCUUGGUCAAGCUUUAUCGCUUCCUAGUCCGGAGAACUGGUAGCAAUUUCAAUGAUGUGAUACUGAAGCGCCUGGUCAUGAGCAAGGUUAACAAGCCUCCUCUUUCUCUGUCAAGGUUGAUAAAAUUUAUGAAGGGAAAGGAAGGUAAGAUCGCUGUGAUUGUGGGUACUGUGACUGAUGAUACAAGGGUAUAUGAGGUACCCCCAUUGAAAGUUACAGCACUCAGGUUCACGGAGACAGCACGAGCUAGGAUAGAAAAGUCUGGUGGUGAAUGCCUGACAUUUGAUCAGCUUGCUCUUAGGGCUCCUCUGGGACAGAACACGGUCCUUCUUAGGGGCCCAAAGAAUGCUCGUGAAGCGGUGAAGCAUUUUGGUCCUGCUCCUGGUGUGCCCCAUAGCCACAGCAAGCCUUAUGUGCGAUCUAAGGGAAGGAAGUUCGAGAGGGCGAGAGGAAGGAGGAACAGCAAAGGAUUUAGGGUUUGAGUUUAUCCUAGUUGUUUAUUUUGGAUAAGGAUAAGGUGAUCUGACUUCAAAAAUUCAAAAUUUUGCAAUAUCAUACGAGCUGAAGACAAAUUUGAUGUUAUUGAUUCAGUUAUGGUAAUGUAUGAACUUUAAUGCUCUUGUUUCUUA